CACCAAGCAUAAAUUUAUCAAAUAGCAGAACCCGAUAAACGUCUCAAUACAUAAUCAACCAUUCACCCACACCUUGACAUGGGUACGAGCAGGCAGGCAGGCAUGUCAGCAGCAAGCAUCCACAAAUGAAGCGAGUCAGUCCACUCGCCCCCUCUCGACUCGAGAAAUUUGUUCACUACGAAGAGCGGCGGAAUGCCUAUCUAUCUAUCUGUCUGUCAAUAGACCCAAGGCUAGAGGAGAGCCCCACAUUCUUUCACACACGCACACACAUCACACCAGUUGCGAUAGUCUGCAGCUGGUGGUCCUCAUGAAACGAGAAAAAUACUUAGUUGGGAACCGAGAGAGCGAGAGACUCAAACAAGAGAGGUAGAGAAUAGGUAUCACACAUCAACACUCACCACGGCGCCAUCCUUAAGAGGGCCGUUUUUAGAUAUCACACCCCCACGCACACGCACACACCCACGCACAGAUACACAUACAUGAACAGGACAUUAGAUGCACACACGUGUCGGUACAAGGAGUGGCGCAACGGCCCACAGCAAACACCCACAUCGGGUCUCAGACCAUGCUCACCCCCUCCCCACCCACCCACCCACCCACACGAACGAACUCAGGCCCCUACGCAGAAAAGCCUGCAUGCCGGUUGGCAUUUCCCUCCCACCUUUGCGCUCACAAACAAAUUCUCCAAGAAAUGAUACACACAUCCUGAAUACACACAGCCCAUCGGGACGGUUGACAUACGGCUGUCUGUCUUUUGCUGUGCCUACCUUCUCUCGCAGCCUUUUGCUGCCGAUGCGUGUGCAGGCAAUCAGAAGGGGCGGCUCCGGCCAGGUAGUGACGGGCCCGGGACACCGCUGCCUGGCAAGCGAGACCCUCCUCCUCGCUGGCGCGGUCCAGCACCGCUUCCCCGGCCCCCGCAAGUCGAGAACGGCGGGCAGGGACGCAGGCCGCUGGGGAACAGUCGGCGCUCCGGCUCGACCGAUUUGUCAUCCUUUUCGCCCUCCUUUUUCUCAUCACAUGUCUGAAAGGGUGGGCACGGUCUGCUCGGCAAGGCUUGCGCAUCGGCCUGACCCUGACCCUCGUCGUCCAGCUGUCGUCGUACGUUGGCGGCGGCGGAAUCACUGGGCUGGAGGCGGCGGAAGCUGCUGUGGUCGGAUGGUGCAGACGAGGCCACCUUGGCAUCGUCCAAGCAGUCACACAGCACACCGUAGUAGGGGUCAGCGCAGCCAACCUGCGAAUAGCAUAGCAGAGAGAGGCGUACGGCAUCAAGAGAGUACAGACACAGACAGGGACACGUAGCGCUUGGUUGCUGCUGACCUGGCUGCACCAUUUGUGGGUCACUUUCUUGUCAAUGCUGGCGCACGUACACUCGCGUGCCGGCCCGAUGCACACAACGGCAAGGGGGAGGAGGGCCGCAGCAAGGAAGCUCACAGAGAGGAAGGGCGUCAUCUGGCGUCGUUGACACUCUUUUUCAGCACGUCGCUGUCGACUUGAGUGGUGACUUGGGGAGAGAUGUAUCACGAGAUCGGGG